GCAAUAUAUCUAAAUUAAAUUUCAAUUUUCAUUUCCAUCUUCUCUGUAACAAACUUGUACUAUACAGUUAUGGCGGGAGAGUAGAGAAAAAGUGAAAUUCCAUUGUUGAAACGCCAUUAACACAACUCAUCGAAGCUUUUUUUUUUCCUUCUUGUGAUUCAUACAUUUAGGUUUUCAAAAAUGGAAGGAGGAGCUGUUUCAGUUGUAGACAAGUUAAAAUCCUUUGCAAAAUCUACGCAGAAUUUGGCUUCCGUCGUGUUCCGCAACCGCAAUCCGCAACAGUCUGUAUGAUGGUGCUUUACAACUUUUCCAAUAAUAUCAUUUACAGAAUGAAAUCUUGGAGAGAUUGCAACGAGAAUCUUUUUCAGAUAUUAUGAAGCUAAGAGACAGACAAGAGAAGUUGGAGCGAGUGCUUGCAUUCUUUAAAUCUUCUAAAGAAAGUCCAGUCCAAGAAACUAGCACUCACGUAAGAGGAGAAUUUGAUGCUGUGGGUGCACUGUUGAUGAUCGGUACCAUCGAUGGAACCAAGUGCCGUGCAAUUGAAAAUGCAAUUAGGACUGGCAUUGAUUCUAGGCUGACUUUUGAAACAACUAUCCGUGAAAAGGAUUCACUUGUAGCAGAGUUUGUUGGCAGCGAAAGAGGCCAAAGGGAUAUCCUGGGUAGUCCACUUUCCUUAGCAAAAGUUCUCUAUGCAGCACAUAUCAGUGAUUGGUGUACUGCAGUUGCCAUUCCAGUCUGUGGUCGAUGCAGAGAUGUUGCAGUACGUACAAGUUCACGUGAGGAAAGGGGGCUGACUGACUAUUCAUCUUUUGGGCCGCCCUUGCUGAAUCAGCUAAAUGGUAGUGGAAUCUCUGUGAUGGUUAAAAAAUCAAAUAUUGUUGGCUGCUUUGCUCAGUUUGUCUCUGCAUUGCCAGAGUCAGAGUCUGGUAGUCUUUUGUAUUGUUUUGGCACUUUUGGUCAAGUUGUUUGCCAACUUUCAAGCAAUACAAAACUAUCAAUCUUGGGCAUACACAAAAUGGCCAUGCUGUCACGGCAACAGCCUGAACUCGCAGCUAUGUCGCUGCCUUUUUGUUUUUUACAACGCUCAGGGCAUCCUGAUGCGGCCUUUGUGGAAAACAGCGCCUUGGAUGGAUAUCAUGCCAUGACCCUAGAGUCAGAAGUUUAUGAAAGUACAAAAAUUGGUGGAUGGGUAGAGAUGAAAAGAUCAAAUCCCAAACAUUUACAGUGGGCAGUUACCAUGUCUGAUACCUCUAAGGAUGAUUUUGGAUGGGGUUUGAGCCUUGGUGGUUUGCAACAAGGUCGAAGAAAUUAUGACCGUUUUCAAAUUGAAAGCUUUCUCAAUUUCAAAGUAGGAAAGACGUGCAAGUGUCAACCAGGUCUACUCUAUGUGAUGAAUGAAGGAGCCACUCCGUUUCCUGCAUUGGUAUUCCGCACUAGUUGGUCCUUGUGAAGUGUGCACGCUAGCUCAGACAAUCUCACUCUUCCCUUAUAAUAGAAAUACCCUUUAGCAACUCCCACACAAAAUUGAAAGGAAGAGAAACAUUUUGUCUACUCCAACAGUAUUCACUUAGUAACAAAUUUUAGUCCAAGCAGUUAAUAGGACCUUAUGCUUUGUUCUCUCCUAUAGAAAAACAUUUUUGUGGUCAAAGUGAAGUUUUCGAAAAGUGUAUUUUGUGAGCAUUAGCAGGUUAUGAUUGGCUUAAAUGAUUUGAAAAACUGUUAAUUGAAAAAGGUAAGGAUAAGAUUUGUGUAUAUUGAA